GCACAUACAGCGUACUGCAAGCCAACUUCACCGUAUCGCGUGAGCGUGGCUUCUACCUGAUAAACAUGUACUUUCCUACGCUACUGAGCGUUGUCAUUUCCUGGUUCGCCUUCUACCUUCCCCGGACCAACGCCCCCGGAAGACUCUUCCUAGAUCUCGGCAUGCUGCUAAACCUGCUCUCAGGUGAACAGAGGCGUGCGCUCGGAGCUGCCCCGGUGUCGUACAUGAAGGCACUGGACGUGUGGAUGGGAGGCUGCAUUUGCGCCGUGUUCGCAUCCCUGCUCGUCUUCUCCUUGCUUGUGACGCGAAAGGAGGAGCUGGCCGAAGAUCCAGAGAACUACGACAGCAAAGAGUACGAGGAGCUGUACAGGAACGCCAAGCGGGCGGACGCAUCGACCGCUUCGCUCGUGUCGCCUUCCC